AGAGAGAGAGAGAGAGAGAGAGAGAGGAGGAGGGGGGUACGAGGGAAUUCGCCGCCGAUGCAGAAGCCUGUCGCUCUGUUCGUGUUGUUUUUCGUGAAGCCCCCGCUGCGGUAAACAGCGCCGUUUGUCCGCUCGGUCAGACCUGCGCCGGGAUGACCGCUCGCUGCGGACGGACGUUAUAGAGAGCACCGCGCCGACCUGCAAGAUGAGGCACGAAUGAGACUCACAGCAUGUCUUUCAAGAAGGAGACGCCGCUUGCCAACGCUGUGUUUUGGGCAGCGAGGAAAGGAAACUUGGCUCUGCUUCAGCUGUUGUUGAACAGCGGCCGAGUGGAUGUCGACUGUAAAGAUGGAUACGGUACCUCAGCGUUGAUGGUGGCUUCAUACAGCGGUCACUACGAGUGUGUCCGGGAGCUCAUCAUGCAAGGGGCAGAUAUUAAUCUGCAGAGAGAGACAGGUUCCACCGCUCUCUUCUUCGCUUCGCAGCAGGGCCACAAUGAAAUCGUCAAGCUGCUGUUUGAGUUUGGAGCGUCCACAGAGUUUCGGACGAAGGACGGCGGUACGGCGCUGUCCGCGGCCUGUCAGUACGGUCGCUGCAGAGUGGUGGAGACGCUCCUGAAGAACGGCGCCAGCGUCCACGACCAGCUCAAUGAUGGUGCGACCGCUUUAUUUUUGGCGUCCCAAGAGGGUCACGUGACCGUAAUACGGCAGCUUUUGUCAUCCGGGGCUAAGGUCAAUCAACCGCGAGAGGAUGGCACAGCUCCGCUCUGGAUGGCAGCCCAGAUGGGACACAGCGAGGUGGUCAAAGUUCUGCUGCUACGAGGCGCAGACCGCGAUGCAGAUAGAAAAGACGGCUCCACGGCUCUGUUCAAGGCGGCACAUAAAGGCCACUGUAACGUCAUCGAGGAGCUGCUCAAGUUUUCUCCUUCGCUCGGCCUUCUGAAGAACGGCUCUACAGCUCUUCAUGCUGCCGUCAUGGGCGGGAAUCCAAAAACUGUCGAACUUUUGCUGAAGGCAAGUGCUGAUCCAGCUUUACCCAACAAGAAUAACGAACUGCCGCAGGAUCUGACGAAGAACGAGCGUAUCCUGAGAGUCCUGCGCCCGCCGCUGCUGAACGGAGGCAGUUGAUGAGCGCCGGGCCAGCUCUUAGCCGUCUCUGCCGUCCUUGUUUUUAGGCUGAUGAAAAAUGAAUGCACUACAUCCUCCUGAGAGAGGAGCCGCUUUCCUGUCUCAUACAGCCCGUCUUAUAAUGGUGCUUGCUCGCAACAAUGCACUGAAAAGCAGAAUUGCUCAUUCUUCGUCUCGGAAACGUUAGGACAUUAUGUUUUGGGAUUUUUUUUCUCAAGCAUUUACCAAAUGCGUAUAUUUUGUAAGAAGCACCUUCUGCGUUUUUGUUGAACCAAAAUAAAAUGUUUAAAAAUUUGUUUUGUAAAAUUAAUGAAUUACUUCGGUGUUAUUAUCGCCAUGUCUUGCGGCUUGCAAAUACAUUUGAAUUAAUAGCAUGUUUUCAUUAAAAGAGCUCAUGAAUCAGCGUUCGCAUCAUAGACAAAGAAAGGGAAACUUGACGACCAAAUAACAAAUAGUUGCAAUACUUGCUACAACAAAUAACACAAAAAAGAUUCAAUAAAAUUAUUCUUGGGCCUUUGAUGAGUGUUUUUUUUCUCUACAUAUUUAUUUUCUGCUGAAAUGGAAUUCAGCCUUUGUUUAAAUAGUUAUGCAUAAAUAUUUGUUUUGUCUGUGAGAAGUGCGCUAAAAUGUAUAUUUGUCAAAAUUGUCAAAACAAAUAAAAAUUUGAAUCCUGA